AUGCCUCUACAGCAAAAUAUUCGUCUAGCAAUCUGGCAAUCUUGGCAUACACUCUACAAGGGAGUUGAGGUGCCCCCAGGUCACGGAGUAAAAUUCAGACCCAGGCCAUUUCAAUUACUUGGCCCGCCCAUGCCCAUCCCAGCCCAGUCUAUACUAAUGCGGCCCUUACGCAUGUAUCGUACCCUUUACCCCGCAGGCCUGGCGCUCACGCACCUGCUGCUCGCGCCGCCGUCGCCCCGCCUGCCCGCCCACACCGCGCUGCGCCGGGCCGCCGUGGACCUGAUCGGUCGCGGCUUCACCGUCUGGGAGCCCUACCUGGACGUGAGCAAGGUCCUCAUCGGACUGCUCGAGCUCUGCUGCGAUUCGGACCGCCUGGUGCCCAGCAUGACCUACGGUCUACCGCUGACGCCCGCCGCCGACUCGAGCCGCACAGCGAGACACGCCCUGACGUUGAUUGCAACCGCACGGCCGGCUGCGUUCAUCACAACCAUGGCGAAAGAGGUUGCUCGCUAUAAUACGUUGCAGCAGAAUGCACAGACUCUAAAUGUGAACCUCAGUAAUUCUGUUCUGCAUAGAGCCAAGCCAGAAAUAUUACAUGCAGUUGAACACCUGAUUGAUAAAAUGCCAUAUGAAAUGUCUGAUUUCCUGGUUGAGGUCAUGGAUAUUGUCCUCCAUUGCUUGGACCCUGGCCACCUGAAAACUCGCAGUUUGCAGGAUGUUUUCCCUGCUAUUCGCCGCUUCAACCAGGUUUCUCACUGUUCACACACAAGGAGAAUAGCUGUAGGAGCUAAGAGCGGUCAAAUAGCUCUUUAUGAGCUUCGAUCAUCCAAGUGCCCCAUGAUUUCUGGUCACAGUGCUCCAAUAACUGCAUGUGCUUUUUCACCUGAUGGGAAGUACUUGGCGUCUUAUAGUUGUGGAGAAAAUAGGCUUUGCUUCUGGCAGCAAACUUCUACAGGCAUGUUUGGUCUCGGAAACUCACAAACCAGGUGCAUCAAGUCAUACAGUACUUCUCCAUUGGCUGAUAUUACUCGUCUCAACCCAAUGCGUCUUGCCAAACUGUCAUGGACAAAUAAUCGCACAGUUUCACUUAAAUUAGCUGAUAAUUCUGAGACUCCUUUCAAUGUCUAGUCAUUUUUAGUCACCAAGCAAGACUUAAUGAACAGGAAUUGAAAGUAUUGCUUUCUGUAUAUCUAAAUGCUACUUUAUAGCUAUACUUUGUAGACAAAUUGUAUUGAAUUCCCCUUGAGCUUUUUCAGUAUUUGUUGGGUUAAUUUCCUCAGGAGUAUUUAAAAGAAAGCUAAUCUCAACACAUGAGAUUAUUAAGGGGUAUAUAAUCACUGUAUAAUUAUGUAUCUAAUUUAUUGUUAUUCAUUCCCAGCUUUUCUGUCACAUUGUAAAUAUAAAUUUGUCUAGUAUUCAUUUUUCAUAGCUAUUUCAUUUACCAGCAAACUGUUUUGCUGCUGUGGUAAUUCCACUAUACCCAUUCCAUUAAUCAAUGUGAGGGAAAUAAUUUUGGGCCAGUUGCUUUAACUUUUAAUGAGCUGCAUCCAUUUGUUAAAUGCUUUUAUCCUUAUUGAAUAUACUAUGUUUAUUUUGUUGACUUUAGAAAAAUGUUGUGUAGUUUUAUGGUGUACAUUAUAUAAUGGAUUACUUUUUACGUCCUACGUUGAAGAUGGAAUGGAACAGAUUUUCUGUAUCCUUUCCUUAUUUUUUGUGAUAAAUAAUAUUAAUAUUGUUUGA